CAGGCGGCGUGGCGGAUCCGAGUGUCGGCCUUCGGGGCUUGGAGUGGACGCGCUCGGCUGGCUUGAGUCCCCUCGAACGCCUUCCCGUUGCCGACCCACUCCUGAACGGAGCCCGGGAGGAACUGCCGCCGGGGACCUUCCGUGAGGCGUUUCGGGGAUCACUUCGUCUGUCCGCUUGAGGCUGACAAAGAUGCUAACCGAACGAACCCGGAAAUCUCUACUUCCUUUGAAGUUACCUGAAGGAUUUCAGAGCAAAGUGGUUGCACCACGCAAUGCAAAGUUGGUUACAGAAGAAAAGAAGGACACUCCACUGACACCCUCGGCUUUUCUGAAAGAGAUAUCUCUCACAACGGAACAAAGGCUUGCAAGCACCCAUGAAGUACACUUGCCUCGCAUUAUUCAGCUUUUGGACAUGAGUGAAACCUCACACCAGAAAUUCUCCUCUGUUGAUCUGGAUCGGACUCUGUUUCAACCGUUCCCAUCAGAAGUGGUUUUUCAAAACUAUGCCUCUUGUGAGCUGUACGAAGUACCACUGAUCCUGAGGAACAACGACAAGAUCCCACGGCUUGUAAAGAUUGUUUGUGAGAGUUCACCUUACUUCAGAGUCAUUAGCCCCAACGAUGUGUGUAACAAAGUCGCACCUGGCAUGCCCUCCACAUUCCGCAUUCUCUUCACUCCUGAGGAAAACAAGGAUUAUUUCCAUGAAUUAACUUGCAUUACUGAGAGGGAAAAAUUCAUUGUGCCUAUCCGAGCAAUUGGUGCCCGAGGCAUUUUGGAUUUCCCAGACCAACUGAAUUUCUCUACAUCUCCCGUCAAGUACAAUACACAGAAAACCCUGCUUGUUCGGAACAUUGGCAACCGAGAUGCCUACUACCAGAUUACCACCCAGAGACCAUUUUCUGUCAAACCCUCCAUUGGGACUCUUGGAAUAAAUGAAACCACACAAUUCACUAUUGACUUUUAUCCAGAAAAAAGUGGCAACCACUGUAAAGACCUUGUUAUACAUUAUGAUACAGGAGAAGACAUUCAUGUCAGUUUAUAUGGAGCUGCUACAGAUGUCAAUGUGAGACUGGAUAAGAACUCCUUGACAAUCGAGAAGACUUAUAUCACUUUAGCAAACCAGAGGUCUGUGGUCAUACACAAUCGGAGUGAUAUCAUUGCACAUUUUCAGUGGAAAGCAUUUGCAACACACGAAAAGGAAGAAGAGAAAAAACAGACGAUGUGUCGAACCCUGCAGGCUGAACAAAACAGUGUGCUUGAUCAGCUUCUGGUGGAAUGUAACAUGAAUCCCGCACUUCGUGAGCAUCUCUCCACUGUCACCCGUACCUUUGAGAACCGACGGGCAACUGUCCAUGAAGAUGCAAUGCUCUUCAACAAUAAAGUCUUCUCCAUUGAGCCUCUGGAGGGAGAUGUUUGGCCCAAUUCUACAACUGAAAUCAGUGUGAUGUUCAGGCCACAAGAAGCCGGGAUGUAUCUUCAGACGGUCUACUGUGAUAUUACGGGCCGAGAGACCAGGCUCCCUCUGCGUAUCAAGGGGGAGGCAAUAGGCCCCAAGCUACUUUUCAACUUUGAUCAGCUGGACGUUGGGAAAAUUUUUGUGGGAUCAUCUCACAGUUAUGAGGCCAUCUUAUCUAACCAAGGAGCUAUUGAUGCCCUCUUCCACCUGAUGUGGCCCUCCACUGUGCUGGGUGCCUGCUUUGCCUUUCAACCCAGAGAAGGAAUCAUUGAGCCAGGUUGCCAUCAGGCCAUUCACAUUUCUUUCAGCUCUACUGUCCUGGGCCCUUUCUCAGAAGAGUUCAAGUUCCAUGUGAAUGGAUCUCCCCAGCCUGUGACCUUAGUUAUUCGGGGCUGUGUCAUUGGACCCACUUUUCAUUUCAGUGUCCCCUCUCUCGAUUUUGGGAAUGUCUCCUUUGGUUUCCCUCAAACCCUGUCCUGUUGCCUCAGCAACACUUCACUGGUGCCCAUGACUUUCAGCCUGCAUGUCCCAGGAGAUGGUAAUGGAGAGCCAAGUAUUAGGAGUCAGGAUCAAGCCUCUGAUAUCUCAAGGCCAACAUGGAGAAAGGCAUGGUUUGCAUCUGCAAAGCCCAAGGAAUUUACCAUCUCUCCCAGCUACGGUACCAUUCGCCCACAAGGAUUUCUGGACAUUGAGGUGACCAUAUGCUCAAACACAGUGAAGACCUAUGAAACUGCCCUUGUAGUGGACGUCAAAGGGAGUGGUGAGGAUGUGCUGGCCCUCCCAAUUUCAGCAAGAUGCCUCACACCUCCACUACAUGUGGCAAGCCCCACUGUGAAUUUUGGACGUUGUUUCCUGAAAUUUCAGUAUCAACAAGUGGUAAAACUUGUUAAUGAAGCUGAUCUUCCAGGGUGUUAUGGUGUUCUUCCCCAGGAAUAUAAGAACUCUCCCACCAUCUUAUAUUCAAGUCCAGCACCUUGUGGUAUUAUUCCACCUCAUGCCACAGUUGAAAUCCCAUUAGCUUUGGAAGUUGAGGAAAAAGGUCACCAGGAAACAGUGGCUUGCAUAGCUAUCUUUGGGAAUGAAGACUUUCCCCUGAAAAUCCAAUUGGUGACUUUUGGAGAAGGUCCUGUUGUUUAUGUGCAUCCAUCUAAGAUAGAUUUUGGCUGCAUCCAUGUUUUAAAGAAUGUUUCCAGGGCACUUUGUCUUUCAAAUCAGUCUGUUAUUCCUGCACCAUUUAAGGUGCAGAUGGCCCGUACUCCUUCGCAGUGGAGAAUUGACCCCAGUGAAGGGGUUGUUCCUCCAGAGGCGGAAAUAUCACUUACUCUUAUUGUUAAUUUGGAUGAUACCGUAUUGUUUCAGGACAAAAUCAACUUGGCUAUAGAGAACAGUAAUUCUUAUAUUAUUCCAGUCCUGGCCACUGGCAUUGGAACUACCAUUGUCACAGACAAGCCAUUUGCUCCUGCCAUCAAUCUGGGACCCCAUUUCAGUUUGGAUCCCUGCUGCUAUCGUUUCAAGAUCACCAACUGUGGGCGUCGCACCCAUCAGCUUUAUUGGAUGACUGAAGGUUUCGCCCCAUUUCGCCAGCACAACACACUCCCUGCCAUCAGCACCAACACCAAGAGCCAGGCCAUCCCCUCAAAGACAGAAUCUCAAGGUCCUGUGUUCAAGCUUCAGCCACUGAGAAUGGAACUGACCCCAGGAAAGAGUAUGGACAUGGUCCUGGAAGGAUCUUCUGAGGUUCCCAAGCUGGUAAAGGAGAGAUUGCUGUGCCACGCGAUCAUAGGGAAGCAGUCUGGAAAAGAAUGUAUCAUGAAGAUUGAUGUUACUUGUGAAUUCAUCGCACCAGUUCUGCAGAUUUCCUCCAAAGCAGUUACUUUCCGCGUGGAGAAGAACCCCAGUGAUAUCUUGACCGCACAGUACAAGCCUCUGUCCUUGAAGAAUGUUUCCUCUUUGCCACUCAGGGUUGUCCUUUCUUUGCAAGAGCCUUUUGCCCUCUGUGAUGCGAAUCACAAAAUGAUUCCAGCUCCUGAGCAGCCUUUAAAGAUGGACAUUGGAGGGAUACAUCAUCUUUCAGUCAGGUUUAACCCCUUCUAUAGAGAUGACCUGUGUAGUCGAGUAUCAGAAGAAGUUCUCGUUUUGCGUUACUUGGAGCAUCCUCAUGUGGACUAUGUUGAUCUCCGGGGGGAAGUGCAUUUCCCAAACCUCCACUUCCAAACAAUGGAUCUCAAUUUUGGCUGCAUCUUGAAUGACACAGAAGUUAUCCGUGACAUCAGUAUGAGCAACUGCAGUCCCCUUCUUAUCAAAUAUCGCUGGUCCUUCCUGACAGAUGACCGUGAGUCCUUUAUCAGGUUCAGCACUGAAAACAUUCGGCCUCUUCAUGCCCAGAAAAGGACAGAAGAACAGGAGAUCCUGAAGCCAGCACAAAGCCCCCUGAAGUGCAAGAUUCACAAGGAUUCCAUCAGAAAAACAGCUGGAGAAGAAAAUACCAGCUAUGCAAGUGGAGAAGAGAUUUUUGUUAAAGAACCUGUGGAUGAUGUACAGAUUAUGCCUGAAAUACAGUUAUUUUUGCAAACUUCUGAAGUAGACCAGGAGGCUUCAGAGAAGAACCAGGCAGGAACCAAAGAAGUCCUGUGGUGUGCAGAGUCAGAGGAGCCACACUUGACAGGCGUGGAAGAAGUUUUUGACAUCCUGCCACUAUAUGGAACAUUGCAGCCAAACGAGACCCAGCAAAUGUCAUUUACUUUCUACGGCCAUGCCAACAUUGUUGCUUGUGUCAAAGCACUCUGUGAAAUAGAGGGAGGCCCCACCUAUGAAAUUCUGCUGAGGGGUGAAGCCUCGCUUGUUCACUAUGUGUUUGACCAAAAGGAAAUUGAUUAUGGGCUCCAGCCCUUUGACUACAUCUGUAUGGCUGAGAUCAUUCUGAAAAACAAAGGAAAAGUUGGAUUUGAAUACUCUGUGCUUGAUGCCGUCCAGGCUUCAGCUGACAACCCACCCCCUGGUGUGCCACUGACUCUCCCUGCCACUAAUUAUAUUGACUCAGGAAAGGAGCAAAUAUUGAAGGUCUAUUACUUACCAGGAGUUCCAGAGGUCUUUCAGAGAACCUUCCAAAUUCAGGUGGCUCACCUGGAACCAGAUAGUAUCACUCUGAAAGGACAGGGAAUUUUCCCUAGAAUUUGCUUGGAUCUGCCCAGAAAUAUUCGCGGAAAUGAGCGGUACAGCAGCAUCCUCAAAGAAGUGAAGCAGCAACUAGAACAAGAAACGCAGAAAGAUUUCAGCAGUAAUUCUGAAGCAUUGGCCACUGAACCACCAAUGGAAGAAUCUUUCACCACGCUCGACACACAACUACAGAUGGAAUUGGAAAGGCUGCUUGUUCAAGAGCACUCUCUGGAGCAGCAGAAGCUGCUGGCCUCUGUUUCAGCGGAUGACCCUGCUGCCUGUCAGCGAGCUCGCCGGAAACUGGUCAAAGCCCAGCUACCUGAGUAUGUCUUAGAUUUUGGCUACAUAAUCAUGGGCACCAUCAGAACUCACAUCAUCAAGAUCACAAACACAGGCCACUUCCCUGUCUCCUUCCAUGCAGAUCGACGGGACCUACGGGACACAGGUUUCAACACUGAACUGGAUCGAGUGAAGAAUCUACCUUUCUGCGAGACAGAGACGUUCGAAAUAUGGUUUGAUCCCCAGAGUGUCGGCUGUGCCCUUGGAGAGACAGAAGUGCUGUUGCCCAUCAAGGUUGUGGCUGGUCCCACGUUCCACAUCUCUCUUCGGGCCACGGUGAUCAUGCCAUCUCUCUGCAUGUCCAGUGACAAUCUGGAGUUCUCUGCUGUCCAGUGUGGACAGUGCCAGGUGGAGACCAUCCAACUUCACAAUCAGCUGCAGGUCGUAUGCGAGUGGUUUGCCACAAGCAAUGAACAAAUGAAAAAGGUGGAUAAGCACAUGCCGAUGACCUUGCGCCGGAAAAUGCGUGAACACAAGGUGAAGCCCCAUGUCUUUGAGAUGAUUCCCCCGUAUGGGAUCCUGGCUCCCGGAGAGCGGCUCAACGUGCAGGUCAAGUUUGCCCCAAGAGAAGAGAAAUUAUACCACAGUGUCCUGAUCUUGAGCAUUUCGCAGAGCACUCAGCAACUGCUGCUGAAUGUCUCUGGGCAAGGUCUGGAGCCACGUCUUGAAUUCAGCCCCUCCCUCCUUGAACUGGGGCCUCUCCUUCCCUAUGGUGUUGGGGAUGAAGCUGAAGUGGUAGUGAAGAACCCCUGCAGCUUCCCUAUUGAGUUCUACUCCUUAGAAUUUGAUCAGCAGUAUCUUCUAGAAGAGCGGAUUUUGCGGAUGCUGAAGGGCUACGAUAACCACCAUAUCCUUCUGCUGCCUCCUCGCAUGCCUGGAGAGAAGCUGCCUCUUGAGGUGCUGGAAUAUUUUGAAGAACAAAAGAAGAUUCAAGGCGACCAGGAAGGAUUGAAUCUGGAUAACGAGGAAGAAGAAAGCACUCACUUUUCUGAACAUGGAAUGAAGCCUUACCCUUCGGUUAUGCAAGCAGCAGCCAUGGGGGCCUCUGCUCUUCCUUCUCUGUCACUCAUGGACAAUAACCGGACACUCCAGGCAGAAUCCAAAAUUGAUCAGGAGGAAGAAGAGGAAGAAGAGGGAACUGAAAAAGGUCAAAUGCAAGCAGGGAGUCAACAAAGCCUCAACAAGCAUAAAGAAGCAGUUGGAGAACUAGACAACAAUCCUGUUUCUAAAGCCAUUGCUCGCCAUCUUGGCAUUGAUAUCUCUCCAGAAGGACGUGCUGCCAGAAAUCGUAGGGGUAUUGCUAUUAUAAUUCAUGGAGCUCCCCUUACAGGGAAGACUAGUGCUGCUGUAGUCCUGGCCAAACACUACAGUGCAGCUUGCUUGUCCAUUGACUCGGUGGUCCUGGAAGCCAUCUCAGAUGGGAGCAGUUCAGCAGGGCUUCGUGCACGUGAACUCUGCAUCCAAGCUGCUAUUGAGCAGGCCCAGCGAGAGAACGAGGAUGGUGGCACAGAGGGGCAGCCGGCCCUCGCUCUGGGCACCCGGCUGAGCACCGAGGCUUUGGCCAAGCACACCUCGAAUGGCAGCCAGCAGAGCUCCGAGUCCAAGACAGGGGCCCUCUCCAACGUCUCCCGGGGCUACCGAGGAAGCACCGCCACGGCCAAAGGCAAGCUAGAAAGCCACCUGUCCCUGAAACAGCAGCAGCAGCAGCAGCAGCAGCAGCAGCAGCAACAGCAACAGCAACAGCAACAACAGCAGCAACAGCAGCUGGAUCAGCCUGGAUCCCAGGUACCCUCCAGCCCUAUUCCCAGUGCCCCUCUCCAGCGACGUCUGAGUGUCAGUGCUAGUGGAGUUGGGGAUUAUGGUCUGAUGAGUUGCGUGCUUCCAGAUGAGCUUUUGGUGGAGAUUCUUUCAGAGAGGAUGCAGCUGAGUGAUUGCUAUCGUGGCAUGGUGUUCGAUGGGUUGGAAACUAUGUUUGCCCGCAGUAUGGUAUCAGCACUCUUCUGCCUGCUCAAAGCGAUCAACAACCGGCGGUAUAUCUAUUUCAUGAACCUCUUCCAGGAUUUUGCUGCUAUGAAAGCUAGAGAGAUCAGCAAGCAAGAGCAGGAAGAGCGGGAACAGCAAGAAGCAGUUGCAAGAGAGAAGGCUCGUCUUCAGGAAAUGGAUGAAGAGGAGUAUGAUGCCCUUACUGAAGAACAAAAGAUCCAGUUUGACAAUGAGCUGCUGCAGGCCUUACGGGAGAGAAAAAGAAGGGAGCUGGAGAAGCUAGCUCGAGAGCUGGAGGAAAAGAAGCAUCAACAAGAACUGGAGCGCCUGCGGGAGGAAGAGGAGGUGAAGAAGAAGUCCAAGCGAUACAAGAAGGAUGGGGGGAAAGAGAAAGAAGAGGCAGUGGGGAAAAAAGGCCAGCAAGGAGGCAAGCAGAAUCCCACCAUAUCAGCUUACAAAUCGGAUGGGAGGCUGAAUGAAGGGCUAGAGCGAAAAGGUUCUGCAAAGGAUCGUCCAGAUGUGAGUGUCAAUGACAAAGAUGAGAAGAAAAAGAAGAGCAGAAUGGCCCUGCAGAAUGGGCAGCCAGGUGCAGCACCCCCUGCAGCCCAGGAAGAGGAGGAAGCAGAAAAGGACAUGAGUGAGAGUGAGAAGAGCUUGGCACAGCGGUUCAAGCUGUAUGAGGCCAGCCAGAAAGAGAUCGCUCAGAUCCUGGUGUUCUGGGACAGGGUCCAGCUGGUCCAGCUGCAGCCACCAGGCUCAGAGGAUAAGCAGGAGGAAGCGGAGGAUCAGCGCCAGGCUCCGUCUGGUCGCAAAGGCAGGAAGGACCGGGAAAGAGAGCGCCAGGAGAGGCUGGAGAAGGAGCGGGCAGAGAAGGAGCGCUUGGAGAAGGAGAAAGCAGAGCGGGAACGCCUGGAAAAGCUGAAGGCCAUGGAGGACAGCAGAGCUGCUGGACUGGAGGGAGAAGGAGGAGAAGGCACAGAGAGGGACAUUGGCAUCCCCUCUCUGGAAAUCCACGUGCUCAGUUCCGAGGAGUCCAGUGGCAAGCGGAUCCUGGAAAGUGGCAAACUGCCCAGGGUAAUCCAGAUCUUGAAUGGUUUGGGGCUGGGCCCUUCAGGGCCACCCAUUCCUCCCACCGCCUUUUUCUCAGUGAUCCCAUACCCUGAGAAGCGACCAGCACAAGUUGCCUCAGAAGCUCUCAAGCACUUCACCUUCAUCAUUCCUGAAGAACUGAAUCCAGAAGAGGACAAAAAGGAGGGUGAGAGUGGUGUGGAGACUCCAGCGAGUCUCCCUGUGGCAAAGGAGGAUCUGGCCACCCCGACUAGAGGCAGGUCCAGGAAAGAGAAACCUGAGGUCUCCCGCGAAGCCCCGAAGGAUAAGAAAGGUGCCUCUCGCAGCAGAAAAGGCAUCCAUCCCAGCCCCGGCACAAUGACGACGCUAUCUGAGCUUGACCAGGGCAGCCCCACCGCAGAGGCCUCCAGUGAGAAGCUGCUCAGGUUGAACUGCUUUCGCUGGAUUGUCCCUGCAAAUGGGGAAGCUUCGAUGCGCAUCCAUUUCUCUUCCACCAAAACAGGACUCUUUGAUCAGGUCCUAAAUUUUGAAAUCCUUGGAACUCGGAGACAGUAUCAGGUGUGCUGCAGGGGCACCUGCACGUACCCCACCAUCUGCCAGGAUCCCACGAUAGUGUUCCCCCACCGUAAGAAGACUAUCAAGCCUGAUGAAAUUGUGUACAAGAAAUACAUCCUGAGCUUGGGUGUAUUCCACUUUGGUCCCUUGCUUUGUGGCAAGUCAAGAGAAAAGUACAAGGCUGCACGAUAUCCCAACCACUUUGAAAAGCUCACCAUUCUCAACAUCUCCCCUUUGGAGGUCGAAGUGCAUUUCUUCUUCCAGCAUGACUCCAGGGCAGUCACCUACCUCUUGGACCCGCCCAUGCUGAUGCUGAAGCCAAACCAGAAGCAAGUGUUGACCAUCUGGGCUUAUCCAACGGCAGCUGGUGUGUUCGAAGACAGCAUCGUUUGCUGUGUGAAGGAGAAUCCGGAGCCAGUCACCUUCCGGAUCUGUUGCCAAGGGGUUCGCCCAGAAGUGGAGCUGGACCGCCGACAACUGCAUUUUGAGAAGUUGCUGUUGCACAGAAAGGAAACGAAGUCACUUUAUUUAAAGAAUGUGACUCCCCUGCCAGUCGCCUGGCGGAUCAGCGGCCUGGAGAACAUUGGUGACGACUUCUGCUUGUCUGAGGACAUUGGCAUCAUCGAGCCCUUCACUGAGCACUGCCUGCUGGUCAACUUCAAGGCCACAAAGGCCCUCAAUCUCAAGAAGGCUAUCCGGCUGGAGGUUUCUGAUGCAGAAAAUAUUCUGGGGAUUGUUCAGAUUGAAAAUAUACAGAUUGUUGCUGAGGCCUAUGAUGUGGCCCUGGACAUCAGUUUCCCCAAAGGAACAAAUGGUGGUUUGGAAUUUGGGAUUGUCAGAGUUAUGGACGAAGCGAAGCAGAUGUUAUCAAUGAAGAACAAAGGCAAAUAUGAGAUUGCUUUCAGCUUGGUUAUUGAAUCCACAGAAUAUGGGAUGUCUAACCUGGGUCAGCUGUUCACCAUCCAGCCCCAGAAGGGGAAUCUGAGUCCCAAUGACCGUCCUACACAGGUCCAGAUUGUCUUUCAUUCGAAGAAGGAAGUGAAAAUUGAGGACAAGCCUGUUCUGCAGUGCCAUGUGAUUGAGCCUUCCCUCUGUGAGGGGGGGGAGACCAUCGCCACCAUCCCUAUCCGAUUGUCAGUGCUGUCCUUAUUCAGCAAGUACAAUAUUGUCCCUCCAUCUGUCAUUAACUUUGGGCCGCUGAUGAACGGCACCCGGAAGGCCAGCAGCUUCACCAUCGAGAACAAAGGGGUCCUGGACUUUAAGUUCACCAUCUGCAAGCAAGUCCGUGAUGUUGUGAUUACAGCAAGGAAAGGAAACUCUAAUAUCAAAAGUUCCCGUUCCCGUGACACAGACAUCAGCCGGCAGAACGCUUUUAUGAGCACGGGCAGGCAAAGCAAACACGCAGAUUCUUUGCAGAAAGACAUGAACCUGAUAGGGCAGGCUCGCUUCUCUUCCGGUAUGUUCACUGUGUCUCCGGGAUAUGGAAACAUUGCUGCAGGAGGCCAUCAGGUCAUCACAGUGGAUUGCUUUGCUGAGCCUGCUGGGAAGUGUGAAGAAUAUCUGAUCAUUGAGAUCACAGACCGAGACCCUGAAGACAGUCCCGGAGGCAUCCUCUACACUCUUGUUGCAGAGUCCUGCAUCCCAGGAUUUGUGACUGACAAUCCAGGGAUCAUUUACGAGGAGCAUCGGAUCUGUAACAGUGGCAACCUCAGCCAGGUGCUGAAGUCCAUAGGCUGCGAAGGGGUGUUUGUGACAGAUGAGAACAAGUUUCUCUUUAACAAUGUCCUGGUUGGGCACCAGGCAACAGCCCGCUUCAAGAUCUGCAACCCUGGCCGGAUCCCCUGCGAUGUUGUCAUGAUCACAAAGCCCAUUUCUGCCAAGUCCACUUCCCGAAUCAGCGACACCUUUGAGCUCCAUCCUGUGCGCAUGUCCAUCGCCAGUCAUUCGCAUGCCUUUGCAACCCUGACCUUCUCACCACAGGCCAUGCAAAACUACCAGUGCAUUUUUGAGGCUUCAGUAGAUGCAAUGCCCAGUGUGGUUGCCAGAUCAAGAGCUCUAUCCUUUGAAGUCAGUGGAGAUGGCAGCCUUCCUCAGAUCACCAUUGUGCGCCCUGUUCUUCGCAAUAAAAAGGGGAACCCACUCCUCCUCUUCAGAAAGCUCCUCUUAGGUCACACGGAAGUGCUCCCCCUUGUUCUUAAGAAUAGCGGCAGCCUUUUAGUCCAGUUGUACCUGGAUGUGUCCGAUGAGAGUGGGGCCUUCACCCUGAGGCCCAGGCCCACCACCCAGUGCAUUUACCUCUCUUCUCAGAACGAGGAGUGCGAGCCCAGCGAUGGAGUCCGAAAACCACACACGGCCUCCUUGGUGCUGCACAGUGGGGAGGCAGCUGAGUUGGAUGUGAUUUUCCAGCCCAGCUUGGUCCAGCGAGUCGAAGGGCUGAUCCACCUUUCUAUUGUGGACAACCAGUAUGAGGAAACCAGCAUCCAGAUGGUUGGCGAAGGCUACCAGGAUAAUGUCACACUAGACAAUGUUCAUAGCCCAAUGGCAGAGACUGAUGCAGAGGACAUUGAAGGGCAACUGGAUGAGAACACAGGAGAGGCAGUGAGAAUGGAUCACAUCCAGUUUGGAGAUUGCCACAUUGGGAAACUGUAUCAGGCUGCAUUCACAAUAACAAAUCACAGCAAGUUGGACGUGAUGAGAUUUGAAUGGCCUGCUGUGGGCCCUUGCCAGUUCUCCCCACAGGUUGGCCAUCUCCAUGCAAGAUGCACUAAAAACAUCACUCUGGCUUUGAAGCCCAGCCUGCCCAUCACCCUCAGGGAGCAGCUUCUCAGGUGCAAGGUGUCCAGAAUUGCCUUCCAGUGCUCUGCUGACCAGGUCCCAGACUGGGAUGAUCGCUUGCAUACUGUCAAAUGGGUGGAUGUGUCAAAAGGCAUCACAAGUAUACGUCCAGCAAAAAAGAAGGUGAUAGAGACUGAUCCAGAACCUGCUCAUAUAACUGUGGAGGAGGGUAGCCAGGAACUGAUGCUUCGAGUGAGUGCCAACGUUGACUUUGCCCAGUAUAAAAUGGAUGCGGAUGCUGUGCACUUCAGAGACACGUUGCUUUUCCAAACAAGGGUGUUCAUGGUGGAACUGUCCAACGUGGGGAAUGUGCAGCUGGAGUAUUCCUGGAAAGUAGUCAUGGAAGAAGGUGGGAAGGCUGUCAACUUUGCUACUGAACCUUUGUCAACAAGCCCAGAAGGGGACCCAUCUAGAGCAUCAACUGCUUCCAUCAAGGCCCAGCCUAGCCGGCCGUUCAGCCAGCUGGGAAGCCUGCUGGAGAGUUUCUCUUCCUACGUUUUCCCAGUGGUCACCCGCCCUCCAUUCUUCAUGGAGCCCAGCAGUGGGAAGAUCCCUCCUGGGAAAUCUCAGUCCCUCCAAGUGAAAUUCUCUCCCCAGGAAAUAGGAGAGUUUGAGGGUCGGCUACUCUGCAGUAUGCCUAAUCUGAAGCUAGAUGAGGAGGGCCCCGUUGUUGCUGUGAAAGGGAAGAGUCUCCUGCCAUAUUGCCACUUUGAGCUGGAAGACUCUGAUUACAUCACUGCAAACAGGCGCAAUUCGGACUUGCGAGGACCAGGAGGGAUGAGUCUGGACCCUCAAACGAAAGUGAUUGAAUUCAGCUCUGUGGGAGUCCAUGUCAAGAACAGCAGGAGCUUUGCCAUCCUGAACCCCACCAAUGCCGCCUACUCUUUCCAGUGGAGGUGUGAGCAGCAGGAGGAGAGGAAGACUCCCCCGGCCUUCAUCUGUUUCACCGAGCGGGGGCUCCUCCGGCCAGAGAAGAAGAUAGAGAUCAUAUUCGAAUUCAUUCCCAAGCAUCUGGAUGUUACUGAAUCCUUCUGGACCUUCACCAUUUCCGAACACAACAUCACAGUUCCUUUCCUCCUGGUGGGUCACACCACUGACCCGGCUGUCUCUUUUGAGAAAGUCCACCUGAACCUCCAGUCGCUUCUGAUUGGACAUGAAGCUCGCGAGUGCAUUGAUAUCCACAAUGAUGAGAACAAAGCCUACACUUUUGCUUUCCGAGACGCUUCCCGUUUUUCAGAGGGGCGAAUCAACAGCCUCACCGUGCAGCCCAUGGAAGGGGUAGUGCUGCCUCAUUCCAGAUUCCCUGUUCACAUCUACUUCACACCAACCUUGGAAGGGGAAGUGAAUUUUAACCUCAUCUGUGAUGUCAAGAAGAAAAGCCAGCCACUCUAUCUGAAUAUCAAAGCCAUUGGCCACACCAUGAAUGUGUCUGUGAAGUGUGAAGAAAGCCACGGGGUGGUGACUGAGCUGAACCCAGAGCAUCCAAAGCAGAUCCACUUCCGUGAGAUGCAAGUCAACGAUUACGCAGAGUGCAACUUCUCCAUCCUCAACACCGGCAAAUUCAACUUCACCUUUUCCUGGGAGUUCUGCAAGGCCAAGAAGUUCUGGCAGUAUUUUGCCCUCUCCCCAGAGAGUGGCGCUGUGGAGGCUGGAGAGCGGGUGGAGGCCAAGCUCUCCUUCCACCCGCUGAAGGCCUUCACCUUAAAGGACAUUGAACUCAAGCUGCAGAUAAGCCAUGGCCCCACAUUUACAUGUGUUUUGCGAGGCUCAGUGUUGGCUCCCAGCAUCCAUUUCUCAUCCCUCAGAGUGGACUUUGGCAACUGUUUUAUCUACCAAGCUGGGAUGCCCAUUUCCAAGAGAAUCUUGGUGAUCACUAAUAAAGACAGCAGGAAAGCCAGUGUGGAGUGCUUGUUCACCAACACAGCCUACCUUGAGAUCGGUUUCCGUUCUGAAGCUCUAAGUCCUGGAGAAAAGGUGGAGAUUCCCAUCAGCUUCUAUCCCCGAGAAGCCAUUUCCUACCAUGAAAUCAUCACCUUUGAAAUAAAUGGGAUCUUACAGCGGACUGUAGAGCUCUUUGGGAAGGGCAUUGAGAUGAAGAUAGAUGUUGUGGAGCCUCCCCAGAAAGUGCUGAAAUUCGGAGCUGUCCCUCCAGGACACGUUGUGAAGAAGGGAGUCACACUAGUAAACAACAGUGUCCUCUUUGUCGUGUUCAGUCUAAGUUUUGUGGCUUCCAUCCCGGAGUUGCAGGAAGCAAAGGUGCUCACUAUGUCUCCCAGUGGUGAAAUUACCUUGAAGCCCCAGGGGGGCACCUGUCACGUGGAGGUGACAUUCAGUCCGAAGAGCCGCAUCCUGCCCUUCUCCGAGGAGGUUCUGCUCGAAUGCCAGGGGGUCCUGCACUCCCUCUUCAUUGUGCAAGGCUGCUGCCAGGGCAUUGAAGUCCACCUGGACCAGGAUCACAUCCCUUUUGGAGCUGUGGUGCUGCGGAGCCAGGCUUCUCGGCGCAUUGUGAUGCAGAACUCUGGAGAUCUCGGAGUGGGCUUCCGAUGGGAUAUCAAACGCUUCAGACCAGACUUCUCCAUCAAGCCUACAGAAGGUUACAUUUCUCCAGGAACAAGUGUCCCCUUUGAAGUGACCUUCCACCCUUGUGAACAGAGUCAGGACAUCUGCUAUGAAAACCUCCCAUGUCACAUCCAAGGCGGAGAACCCGUGAGGCUCACACUGAGUGGAUUGUGUGUGAGCGUCCCACCUGUCAAAGAGGUGGUGAAUUUCAUAUGCCAGGUGCGUGGAAAGCAGACACAGACCAUCAUGCUAUCCAACAAGACUAACCAACCAUGGAUGUUGCGGCCCAUUAUUGAAGGAGAGCAGUGGAAAGGGCCAGAGUAUGUCAGGGUGGAAGCCCACCAGCAGAACAAACCCUAUGAAGUCACAUACAGGCCUCUGGCUAUGAAUGUAGAAAACAAGAAGGACCAGGGCUCCGUCUUCUUCCCCCUCCCAGAUGGAACAGGGCUGCUUUAUCUCCUGCAAGGCACUGCUGAGCCUCCCAAGUCAGCUGGGAAUAUCAUGAGGGAAAUUCCGUGCAAAACAUCCUACACGGAACUGCUUCCCAUCACCAACUGGUUGAACAAGCUGCAAAGGUUUCGGGUAGCGGUUGACAUGAUAAAGCCAGAAAAACUGGAAGUCACAACCACCCUGAAAACUCUGGACUACAUUGAAGUGCCAGCCUCCACCAAGAAGGACCACAAGCUCACCUUCUUCUCUUACAAAGAGGGCAUGUACACCGCCAAGAUCACCUUCCGCAAUGAGAUGACCCAGGAGUUUGUAUUCUAUCUGAUCACGUUUAAGGCCACCCCGUGUGGCCCACUAGGCACCCUCGAGUUGACCACGGCUGUCCGGCAAAGCACCUCCUCCUCAGUCAAGGUGGAAAACCCGCUGCACUACCAGGUGUCCUUCAGUACGGACUGCAAGGUGCCAGACAUCAACCUGCCUCCUCAGUUCAUGGUCCCUGCUCAAUCUGAGGGAACGCUGGUCUUCGAGUUCCUGCCCAUGAGGCCCGGGGAAACCAGCGGGCGCCUGGCCCUCAACAGCAGCGACCUGGGCUCUUUCCAGUACGACCUGAUCCUGAAGGCCACGCCGGCCCGCCCAGAGAAGCCCCUCAGUUUCUCCGCCAUGCUGGGCAGCAGCCAGAGCUUGGUGGCCAAGAUCGUCAACUACACUCGCCAGAAGACCGAGUAUUCCACCAAGAUCGACAGCCCGGACUUCCAAGCCGAGAAGGUCAUCAGCGCGCCCGCGGGCGCCCAGACGGGCACCGAGGUGGGCGUGGAGGUGACCUUCGAGCCGUGCCAGCUGGGCGAGGCCCGCGGGACGCUCCUGCUCUCGUCGGCGGCGGGCGGCGACUACCUGAUCCCGCUGCGGGGCACGGCGCUGCCCCCCCGGCCGCAGGGCCCCGUGCAGAUCCGGCUGGGCGGCAGCGCGGUGCUGCCCUUCAAGAACGUCUUCCUGCAGCCCACGGCCUUCAGCUACGCCGUGGACAGCGCCGCCUUCUCGGUGCGCGCCGCCGAGACCAUCCGCCCCAAGAAGACGGCCACCAUCUCCGUGGCCUUCGAGGGCGCCGGCGGCGGGAACAAGGCGCCGGCCACCGGCAAGCUGGUAGUCUCCUGCCCGCGCGCCGCCGGGCUGGCCUCGCCCGUCGCCUGGGUCUACUACCUGAGGGGGGUCCCGCCGGAGAAGUAGCGCCGCCUCCGCAAUAAAGUUCCUUCUUCCCACAAAGGAAA